ACCAUAUUGGGCAACGUGAAGAGGUCAAAUACUGUGCACUGAAGACUGCCACAUAAGUGUUGGGCUAAUUUGUCAUCAGCACCACCGUAAGGUUCUGUGGCAAGAGUUGUGGUCUUUAUAAUUUUUUGGACGUGGCGAAGUAUCUGCGUUUGACAGGUAGGUGGACUGGUGCUGCACUGGACGAGUGAAUAGAUGAAGUGGCGUUUGGUGAAAGUUGGAGGAGCACGAUCGCCGGUAGCUGACCAUGGUGGAGAAGGCGAGGUCGUGCGAGCGCUGGUUGCUGGUCGUGACGGUUGGGGCGCUGCUCUCCGCGAGGUCGUGCAACCUGCUGCCCGACAACCUCAACCUCGAUGACGAUCCGUCGGAUGAUGGGGACGGAAGUUUCUGGAGCCAGCGCUCAUACGGUGGGUACGUCGACGACUUCCUGGUGAAGCUGCGGCACGCAGUCGUCGACGACGGCCUCGACCCGCUGGAGCCUCCAGAUGAAGUCCAGGACAUAGACGAGAGAUCUGGACUGUCAACGUGGCACGCCGACGUGAGGCUGGAGCCGAGGGACAUGAGGGCCCUGAGGAAGGACAGCGCAGCCUUCGACGCCUGCCAGAGGCACGUGCAGCAGCAGGAGGACGACCAGGAGCUCGGAGACGUCUUGCUGAGCUACAUGUUCCUGGGGCGCGUGCUGCGAGUGGCACCUGCUGGCGACAUCUUUGGCCAACAGGAGGAGCUGAGGACGAGUAUCGAACGCUGGGUCGAAACGCUGCCCCUGCUGGUGGACACCAGUCCCUGGUCAAAUGGCUACGCCAGCUGGUUCAUACACAUAAGGAACCGACAGCUUACCAGGCACAUCCCACUGACGGCUUCUGGGGCCAGAAGGGACCACCAGCGCAGACACUUUUGGAGGAGGUGA